GCGAGCGCGGUCGCGCCGCUUCCUCGAGGCGGAGAGUCCCGGGGCGAGAGGCGCCUCCCCCCCCCUCCCCCUCGGAGCGGGAGCCGGGGGAUCAGGAAGCGGGCAUCUGGGACCAGGGAGCCGGGGUCUCGGGAGUGGGGUUCAAGGAGGUUGGAGAUCCGUGAGCCGGGGAUCGUGGAUCAGUAUUCGGGGACUGUGGUUCUGGGAGUCGUUGCUAUCCCAUUGCGCGAGAGGGUAGCGAGAGAGCUGCAGACAGGAGUGUGGAGAGGCGAGAGGGACCCAGUAAGAGGGAGAGGGGUUCGGACAGGGACCCCGUGGAUCCCCGCUGACUCCACCGAUCCCAGCAACGAGGAGGAGCCCGAAGGCGCAAUGACGCGUGGAGAAGAGCAUCAGCCUCCAUCACAGAGCUUGAGACGGACGGGACCGUGACUGGGGCUCGACGGUGAUGACGACGACGACGACGAAGAAGGGGGUCAAAGUUGCCCCGGCUGCCACCCCGAUGCUGGGCCCCACGCAGCCCUGCACCCGUGCCCGGGUGUCGAACCUCGCGAAUCCGCGCCCGGCGGCCGCCGCGGCCUCGUGCGGUGCCGCACCUCCUCCUGCUUCUCCUGCUCCUGUCCCGGGCGCCAGGGGCGGGCAGGGCCAUGCCGCCCUCGCAGCCCCAACAGAGGGCCCACCCCCCUCCAUCCCUCGUGGGCCACGUGGCGCCCCCUUCGUGGCGACCUCUCAAGGCCCCCGGCACGGCAAUACCUCACCUGGUGAGGGCCCCCGCACCGGGUGGGGGGGCGAGGGGGGCCGCGGUCGGGGCCCCCCUGACCAAGGGGAUGAAGGCGUCCCGCUCGGCUCAGGCCAUCGGCAGUCUCCUCCUGAUGCCCACGUCGGUGCUGCCCAAGGCACGGAGCAAGAGCGAGGAGAACUUGCUGACAACAGCAGUCGCUCUUGUUGCUGAUGGUGCGAUGGGAGGUGAUGGUGGUGCUGCUGGCUGGUGGCGGUGGUGCCGAGGUGAUCCCUG